AUGCCUUUCAUACCGACAGAAUCGUCAUCGGCACGCGUAGCGUCCUAUAUUGCUGAAACUUCAGUCUCUCGUCUUGCUCUGAAUGUCUUCAUCCUGGCAUUAGUACUGACACCGGCCUACUUUAUCGGGCUGGUCAUCUACAAUGUCUUCUUCCAUCCUCUUGCCAGAUAUCCCGGCCCCAAGUCCAUGGCCGCUACCCGGUUCCCCUACAUGGGUUUCAUUUUAGCCGGAAAAACUGCCCAGGCAAUCAAGUCCCUCCACGAACAAUACGGCGAAGUUGUCCGCAUCGCCCCAGACGAACUAUCCUUCAUCGACGGUAACGCUUGGAAAGCUAUCUAUGGAACCCGACCCGGCCACGGCCAGAAGCAAAAGGACUUCCGGUUCUAUCCACUGACCGCGGAGGGUGCUCCGAGUAUCGUCGUCUCUAACGACGCAGACCACUCUCGCAUGCGAAGACUUUUAUCCCACGCCUUCUCCGAUAACUCGCUCCGAGCACAAGAGCCCAUCAUCAACUCCUAUGUGGAUCUAUUGAUGCAACGCCUUCGUGAAAAAGGCGAAAAUGGUAAUAAAGCACUGGACAUGGUCGCUUGGUACAACUUCACAACAUUCGACAUCAUUGGUGAUCUCGCGUUUGGAGAGCCGUUCGAUUGUCUUAAAAACUCCACCUACCACCAAUGGGUAUCAAUUGUGCUGUCAAGUGUCCGUUUUGGCGCAUACACCAACGUUGCCAGACGUUUCCCAGGGUGGAAAUUCAUUAGCAAGCUCAUCACGCCCACGAAGGUAUUGAAUCAACGGAACUUGCAUGUACAACUUACAAAGGAAAAGGUUCAGGGUCGCUUGAAGAAAUCAAACGAGAGACCUGAUUUCUUUGGUAAUAUUCUCAAGCACAAGGAUACCGAGAAAGGAUUCAGUUUCCCAGAGAUGAUUACCAACGGUAGCACUCUUAUUGUUGCCGGCUCCGAGACCACUGCGACACUUCUUUCGGGUGUGACUUAUCUGCUUUUGAAGAACCCACAGGUUAUGCAAAAACUACAAGCAGAAGUUUGGGGUGCUUUUCAAUCCGAUGACCAGAUUACUUUGGAGAAUUGUAACAAGCUGGUAUAUCUCCAAGCUGUUCUUACUGAGGCUCUGAGGAUGUAUCCUCCUGUCGCGUGUGGUCUUCCUCGGAUUGUCGAUGCGCAGGGUGAUAUGAUCAACGGACACUGGGUUCCAGGUGGUACCAUUGUCUCGGUCACACAAAUGGCCGCUUACCACUCCGCGCAUAAUUACACACUCCCUGAACAAUUCAUCCCCGAGCGAUUCUUAGACGAUACUCGAUUUGCGAAUGAUAGCAAGACCGCUUUGCAACCUUUCAGCUUUGGUCCUAGAAACUGUAUUGGGCGGAACUUGGCCUAUGUCGAGAUGAGAAUAAUUCUUGCUCGCAUGGUUUUCAACUUCGAUAUGGAGUUGGAUCAGCCGUCUGACGAGUGGACUGAACAGAAGUGCUUCAUCUUGUGGGAUAAGAAGCCUUUGAUGAUGAAGCUUACUCCGAGAUCAAGGGCAAAGUGA